AUGUAUCCACCAUUUGAACCAUUUCCAUAUUUUAUUUACCAUUUAAAUUAUUCAACAUCUACCGAUACAUUAAAUCAAAUCGUUCAAAUGGCAGCAACAUCAGAAAUAUUCAUAUUGGAUACUGAAUCAGUGAAUGUUUAUCAAACAACAAACAAGCCCGUAUUGAUUCAAAUCCAAAUACUCUUUCCACACAAUUUGUCAGCCGUUUUAAUUUUUGAAAUGUGUAAUUUACCACCAGACCAUUCAUUUCAAUUCCAUUUAAUGAAAACAUUUUUUCAAAAAUUACUUGACAACACCAAAACAAUAUAUAUUUGGGAUGCAGUUGUAUUUCAAUUAAAUGAAUGGUUAGACAAACGACAAUCAAGAUCGUCAUUUGAUAUUGGGCUUGAUACUAAUCUUUUUCAUAUGAACGAACUUGAAAAACAAUAUCGAAAUCAAUUAACUCGAUAUGCCGUUGAUGAUUGUCUUUCCAUGCAACGAAUAUUAAUUAACUUAAAUUUAAUUAAACCAAAUCAUAUUAUUCAAGCAACAACUAUAUCACAUGUACAACUAUCUGGCAUUGAAAUUCGAUAUCAAUCAUCUGAUGAAGAUGAAUCACCUCCAACUCAACCAAUAUCAUCACAAUCGAAUCGAAUUGUCCUUAUAGAUGAAUCAUCAUCAGAACCAAUUGCACGUAACAUCAAAACGAAACCAAAAUAA